AUGCAGUUUAGAACGCGCGCGACGAACGAUUUCGAGAAAAACCUGUACAAACUGAUGAACAACGCGGUGUUCGGCAAGACGAUGGAGAACGUGCGCGAACGCGUCGACGUUAAACUGGUGACGGCGUGGGAAGGACGAUACGGCGUUGAGGCGUUGAUCGCGAAACCUAACUUUCGCAGCCGCAGUGUCUUCGCGGAGAACCUGAUAGCGGUCGAAUUGCGGAAACUCGAGGUGAAAUUCGACAAGCCUAUUUACGUGGGUAUGUGCAUCCUGGACAUUUCGAAAACGUGCCUGUACGAGUUUCACCACGAGUACAUGACGCCGCUGUUUCGCGAUAGAUGCGAAAUCAUGUACACCGACACGGACAGUUUGAUCUACCGUAUAGAGUGCGACGACGUGUACGAUACCAUGAAACGCGACAUAGACAGAUUCGACACGAGCGACUAUCCCGCGAACAACGCGUACGGUAUGCCUCUCGCGAACAAGAAGGUGCCCGGUCUCAUGAAGGACGAGAACAACGGCGCCAUCAUGACCGAGUUCGUCGGGCUCAGAGCGAAGAUGUACGCGCUGCGCGUGGACGGAAAGAGGGACACUAAGAAGGCGAAGGGGGUGAAGAGCAGCGUCGUAGCGCGAACGAUAUCGUUCGAGGAUUACACCCGGUGCCUGAAGGAGGAUAUCGAAAUGGCGCGCAGGCAGGCGUGCAUACGAUCCAAGUUACGGGUGUACACGGUGUCGGAGAAGAAGAUCGCUCUGAGUCCGUACGACGACAAACGGUACGUCGUACCGGACUCGGCGAACACCUUACCGUGGGGACAUUACCUGAUAGUGUAG